CAGCGCCGCCCCUGCUGCGGCGGGUGAGGGGCGGGGCGGGGCGCGGCGUAUAUAAGGCUAGGGGCGGGCGCCGCUCUUUUGUCUCUUGCUGCAGCAACGCGAGUGGGAGCACCAGGAUCCCGGGCUCGGAACCCGACUACACGGAUUGUUUUAAGAAAAUGGCAGACAAACCAGACAUGGGGGAAAUCGCCAGCUUCGAUAAGGCCAAGCUGAAGAAAACGGAGACGCAGGAGAAGAACACCCUGCCGACCAAAGAGACCAUUGAGCAGGAGAAGCGGAGUGAAAUUUCCUAAAAUCCUGGAGGAUUUCCUACCCCCGUCAUCUUCGAGACCCCAGUCGUGAUGUGGAGGAAGAGCCACCUGCAAGAUGGACACGAGCCACAAGCUGCACUGUGAACCUGGGCACUCCGCGCCAAUGCCACCGGCCUGUGGGUCUCUGAAGGGACCCCCCCAAUCGGACUGCCAAAUUCUCCGGUUUGCCCUGGAAUAUUAUAGAAAAUUAUUUGUAUGAAUAAUGAAAAUAAAACACACUUCGUGGCAUGGC